ACGGAUCAAGGUCAUUGUUGAGGUGGUUAGCGAUUGUGGCAUUUGUGCUUAUGCCCUAAGUCCUAUUUGCUAAAGACGAAAAACAGCGGUUGACGCGGUAAGGCGAGCGGAAGUUGUCCCCAAAUGUUCAUUCCAUUUCGAGUGAAUAUUCCUUGUUAGGUUAGCUAUAUUUCAACUAUGAAGUACUUCUGGCACCAUGUUGUCUGCAUACUGUUGUGUAUUUUUCUUCAAGUAACGUGUAAUACUGCACACCCGAAGCUACUGGUAAUUUCUUUGGAUGGCUUCCGCCAUGACUACCUAGAUCGUGCUAAACUUAGAAAUAUCAACAUUUCUUCUUUCGAGAUGAUUUGGAACUCCGGAUUUCGUGUUUUAAGAGUUCAUAAUGAAUUUAUCACUCGAACAGGACCGAAUCAUAUGUCUUUAGUCACUGGAAUGCAUGAAGAAAGUCAUGGAAUUAUCGACAAUGUUUUUUAUGAUCCAAAUCUUAAGGAUACUUUCGACCUUGUAAAUGAACAACAAGCAUCUCAAUCAAAAUGGUUUGACGUUGGAUCAGAACCAAUUUGGGUGACGAAUCAGCGUCAUGGUUAUCAAAGCGCUGUCUAUUUUUGGCCUGGCAGCGAUGCGAAAAUCAAAGGAUAUUUACCCACUUUUCACUUUUCUCCUUAUAACCCCGAGGUUUCUUUCGUUGACCGCAUAAAUCGCAUUGUUGAGUAUUUGAGUCUAAAUGAAGUUACACUGGGUCUAAUAUACUUUCAUGAACCUGAUUCACAAGGUCAUUUGACUGGACCUGAUUCCUCAGAAAUUUACAAUAUUAUUAGCAAAUUAAAUGAUGAUAUUGGACAUUUGCUAUCAUUAGUUGAUGCUAAACCAUCUUUAAAGGCAUCGCUGAAUAUUAUUGUUACGAGUGAUCACGGUAUGUCCUCAGUGAGCACCAAUCGAACAAUUAUUCUACACGAUUAUAUUGAUGAAAGUAUGUACUUUAGUCCAGGACCAGAUCAUCGCAUUGUUUGGUCAUUAUGGCCGAAAGAUGGAGUAUCACCUAUUGAUUUAUACAAAAUGUUGGUCAAGAAACAUUCAAAAAUGAAUGUUUUUCUGAAGGAAAAUGUACCAACUCGUUUAUACUACUCUAAAAAUAGACGAAUCAGCCCACUAAUUGUUUAUUGUGAACCUGGCUGGAUGAUUGUUAGAUCAAAAGAAUCAGUUGUUGAAUUUACUAAACUUGGAGAUCAUGGUUAUGAUCCUGAAGACAGUGAAAUGUCCCCAUUUUUUCUGGCCAUGGGACCAGGUUUUAGAAAUAUUACCGGAAGAAGAACAGUCAAUUCAAUUCGACUAAUUGAUAUUUAUCCACUUAUGUGUGCUUUACUCAACUUGACAGAACCAGCUCCAAAUAAUGGUAGUUUGUCACGUGUGGUUCAUCUUCUACGUGACCAUGGCGGUUAUUUGUCAAGCUUUGUAGAUAUGUUUACUGUAUUUCGAUUGAUAUAUUGAAACAAAAUACGUUGACACAAUGAUCGAUUGCGGAUAUAUGAAGAUUAUUUCAUAUGGUAUAUUGAUUGUACAUAUAGUAAUGAGGAUUCGUUUAAUCACAUUGUUAUUACUAUCAUCAUGAUUAUUUUUCCUUUUUGUUUUUGAGUUAAAUUUAAUCCCAAAUGUUCUGUUUUUAUCGUUUCUCGUAUUCUUGUUCUUUCUACAAUUGUUUUAUUAAUCUCCUAUUUUAUAGUUGGAGUUAUUUUAGUGUGUUGCCUUACAUUAUCGACUACAUUCAUGAUAUGUGCAUGUAUUUCAUGUACAAAUUAUCCCUAUUUAUUCCCUGGUUAUCGUCAUCAGAAUAAUAAACACCAAAAACCAAUAAAUCAACCAAGUUUACUGUUACUUAAACGACGUUAUCGUAAUAAUUGUAAAACGGCAAUUCAAUUAGAAGGUUUAAAGUCUACUAGAAAGUUGAAUAAUCGUCAGAGUAGACUUCACAAACUAUACUUAAAACAUGAAUCUACUUCACAGGCAGACAGACAACAAUUACUUGGUGAUGUUCAUGAUGACAACACAGGUAUUGCCUAUUACAAUAAUGAUACUACUGCGGAGAUGGAAGAUGAAUAUGAAGAAUACAAUCGAUUUUCUACUCAGCAUAUAGAUGACAAAACAUUUUUAGAUUUACUACGUCAACCGAACGGUCGGUAUCCUUAGUUGUGAUUAUUUCUAGUGGGCGAGGGUAUACAUUAAUAAUUAUACUGUUCUACUGUGUUACUACAUAAUUUAAUAGCGUUAUAUAUUUUUGUUUCUGCUUCGUUUUGUGCUUUCAGGUUAGCAAACUGUGUGAAGAUUUAUUUUUAUAAUGUAUAAUUUGUAACUGUUUUCAGUCUUUAUUUUCUUCGCAACUUCAGUUCAUUCACGUGUGUAUGUGUGUGCAUCUGUAUGGAGGUGUAUGAUAUCAUUUUACAUUGUUUUUUUUUCAAUAGUUGCUUAUAUUUUGUUGUGGAGUUUUCUUAUAUUUCUCUUUUGUUCUGUAUGUUUCUUAUUUAUUGAAAAGACUGUUUUCUGAUGAGUUGAUUGAUGUCUAAUAUUUUCAAUUUUAUUGUUUCAUGGUUAUUAGUAUACAAGCAUUCGUUAAAGGUUA